AUGGUCGAAAAGUCAGCGGGUAUCUCGCAAGCACGGUGCAAGAAGCGCGUCGAUAUCGACGAGCUUGGCAAAACUGACAAUCGGAAGCUUGAGGAGCGAGUCCUGAACCCUAGAGUUCAGAUACUGGGACUCGAUGCCUCGCAUCUCUUGCUCAUGCCAUCAAAUGCUGGCCCGGAUCUGGUUGAGCACUGA